AUGAAUCAUAUUGAAUUUCAGAAAAUUCACACGGCAUGUAUUUCUUGCAGAGAAUCAAAGAGAAAAUGUAUAGUUUAUCAUUCACAUCCAAUAUGUGAAAGGUGUUUAAGGAAUAAUUUACAGUGUAUUUAUCCAGAUAGAAAAAAAAGUGGACCUAAAAAGCAACAAAUGCCAAAUCAAUCGCAUUUCACAACUAAUCCCCAAUUGCAGAGUGAAACUGGCAUUUUUAUUAAUUUACAAAUUCCAAGCAAUUCUGUAACGGUGGAGCACUCAAUGACGCCAUACAUGCGAAUUUUAGCUACUUCUACGCUUGACAAUAUAACUCUACAAUUUGUUCAAAAUUGUUAUGGAGUUUAUUACGUUACUGUCAUGCACAAUAGUGUAGUUUUCAAAAUUCCAGACAUUAACGAAUUUGGAAACGGAAAACGUCCUCCUACCAAAGUUGAUAAUAAGGCAGCAAAGUUAAUUUUUUGUUUUCCAUUACCUGGUCUUCCAAAAUUCCGGUCGGACG